UUAGAGAUUUAGGAAAAAAUAAUUCCUCUUGCCCGAAUAAACUUCAGCGUUUAAAAACAUUAUCGAGCAAAUCAGAAUAUAAAAAAGAGUUAACAGAAUAUUUUCUCUUAAUAAAAUAUCAGCAUUAGUUCAAUGUUCGCAGAAAUAAUCGCCAUUUUAAAAUUAAUAGCAAUUUCUCCAAAGUCGUAGAUUUAAGUUUGGAUGCAAUUCAAUCAUUCAAACGUUAAGGUUCAAGUAGAAAUUUUGACAUAGAGAUCGCCAAGACCUAUGAUUUUUUAAGAGCAUCUUUUCUUUUUUAGUUAUUUUUUUUUAAAUUAUUUAUAUAAAUCUAAUGUGAAAUAGCUUUAAAAAUCACAUCAUUCUUAAAAAAAAUAUCAUUUUUUAUCUAUAUUUUGAAAAAGAGCGAAAGAGCCGUUCAAAAGAGCGGCUCUUUUUAAUGAGCGAACGAAAAUGAGCGGCUCCUAAAAAAGAGCGAUUUUACCCACCUCUAGUUCAAAGAAACACUUUGACAGCUCUGAGUGCGGCACUCAGUGCGGAACUAACAAUCAAACAAACGUACCAUUACUGUCGUCAUCUACAAUCAACUUAGCAAACUUGCUGGGCUGUUAUACGUUGCUAUGCAGUUGUUUGUUUACCUUUGAUAUAGAAACGUCAACUUGCCGUAGGUUUUGAAAUUUUCCAAACCAUACGUCAAGUCACCAAUUAGCUUACUUUAUCAUUGUGGAAGAUCAGAUUCCUUUGCAUGGAUUCAAAUUCCUACGCUAAGUACAAUUUUCUAAGUAAAGUGAUUGUAGAUAGGCCAUUACAUCCGUGACGUACUGCAAAUUACAGAUUGUCAAGGCAAACAGAUUGGCCAAUGUUUCUGGACACCAAACGUGCUGGACACCAACCGCCCUUUAUGCCCAGCAAAACUGGCAGUGUUGCAAGCGCAAAACAUACGUUGCCAGUGCCGAUUUAUUUUGCAUCGGCCAAUCUGUCUCCCUCGACAAUCUGUACCGUAAACUGGGGUCAAUCGGGACACAUGGGGCGAAUUGGGACAGCAGUUUUAACCAUGUUGGAGCACAAUAUUGUGAUUUUUCUGAUUACGAUACUGCAAAUGUGACAAAACAUGACGUGCGUGCGCAUCAUAGUAUCCAUGAUUCCCCCACACGAUCACCAUGGAGACGCGCGGCAGUUUGUUGAUUCCGAGUCAACAACUGUCACUCAAAAAAAUCACGUUUUCUGAACUUGACCCAAAACCCACAAAAGUUUUCGAAGAAAAUGGCCAACAAACCGAAACGCCUGCUGGAAAAGUACGACCUCCUGCUGGAACAUCUGGACUUUGGCUACAUCGGGAACUGCUCCGAAGGCGUCGAACUCGAGCGCAUCGUGAAGGUGCUCCGUUCCGGCGAGGAGGGCUUCUUCCCGCAGCUGACGGAGUUUGCCGAACAGCAGUUGCGGCAGGUUAAACCGGGCAGUAAGCUGUUCCGACGGGACACUCCGCUGGUGACGCGGGAUAGUGUGGCCGGGUCGAGGUGGGAGGAGCACUGUCGGGAGAUGGAAAGCUGGGAGGAGUCGAUGAGGAGCUUGAGGAAGGAUAUGUUGGAGGGGAGCGGGGUUGUGGAUGAUGGGGAGGAUCUGUUGCCACCGGUGAGGAGUGUUCCGACGGAGAGUUUGGAGAGUUUCGGGGGAAGUUCGGGUGGUUCUGGAGGGAAGCAGAGGAUCAAGUCUUGUGAUUAUGAGAGUUGGAGUCGGUACGAUCCGGAUACGGAGAUUCUCAAGAUGGAUUUGGAGGAGGAACGAUACAAGGACUUUGUGAAGGAGCAAAAUGAGAAGAAUUCCAAGAAGGCGAUCAUUGAGGAACUUCCGCCGGAUGGGACGAAGAACCUGACCGAGAGCGAGCGGAAGGUUUUGGCUACAAAGUUUAAAGAGAAGGGAAAUGACCACUUCCGGGCUAAAGAGUACGAACUGGCACUGGCAGAGUACGGGAAUAGUGUCAAAAUGUGGCCAACGGCAGCGGGAUUUAACAAUCGAGCCAUGGCACAUAUCAAACUGUUUCACUUCAAAGAAGCCAUUGCGGAUUGUGACGAAUGCUUGAAGUUUGAACCGGAGAACAUCAAGGCUCUACUUAGAAAGGGACAGGCCUUAUGUUCCGAUGACAAGCGGCGGGAGGCUUACCAAACCUACUCCCAGGUGCUUCUCCUAGACCCGGCCAACAAGCUCGCCCUGAACGCCAUCGCCGAUCUGCGUCGCCAGCUUCCGGACCUUCCCCCGCCAAACUCGUUCCAGCUGCCGAUCGAGGAGGUUGGCGGUUGUAGCAGCUCGGACGACUUUGCCGACCUCAUCAAGCCGAAAAAGCUGGUCAAGGACAAACUCCCGGACGCGGUCAAGGCGCUCCAGACGGAGACGGCGCGAAUCGUGAGGAACUCGUCGAAGCAGGAUCAGCAGGGCAGUUCGAAGAAGGUUCUGAUUGAGGAACUUUGAAGGGGGUGAAUUUUUUUUGUUUGAGUUAAUUAUAAUCAGCAGACACAGUAUAAUGUAUAAAAUUAUGAUAACGGGGAUGCUAAAUAGUUACACAUUUGACGCAGCAUA